AGAAAAAAUUAAAAAUACACUUGUCGUGUCAUUGCAAAUCGAUGAGUCACUCGUGUGUUAUCAUUUGUACAAGAAAAAGUCAUUAAAUUGUUACAAAUUGUUCAAUGCUCACAUCCUUUGAUUAAGAUUAGUUGAGUCAUGUUGGCAGCAAUGGUGUGAAAAACUGCGCAUUUUUCCAUUUUCCGCGUGAAAUUCCACGUGUUUGUCGUCACAAAUCAACGAGUCAUUUUCACGUAAUUGCUGGAAGGUGACGUGUUGGGGGGCAGGUGACACCAAACGUGACAAAUUUAUGUACUGGGUGGCCCCAUUAGUAAUUCAUUCCACAUGACGCCGUUCCAUAAACAAUUUGAGGCGUAAAAAUGUCGAAUAUUGCGUGUUGGAUGUCUGAGAAAAAAAUCCAAAAAAUCAAUUGGGUCGAGUUUGAAAAAACGUGCAAAAAACACGGAUUUGGCCUAUUCAAGUUGGAUUUAAACAAAAGUCUCGAGUCGCAAGGUACGUUCUGUGUUUUUUUACAUAAAUUAACUGAUAUUAUUGCUUCGGCUGAUCAGGGGGACCCCAAGUGCGCCAAGUUGAUAGAACGCGUGGAGGAGUACAUAAGGGGGCACCCGACUCUCGUGGUCCUCGACCCCAUCCCCCACGUGAGACAGCUCCUCAACCGGUAUAUCUCCUACCGGAAGAUCAACUCAACCAACCUCCACAAAUACGGCAUUUUCAUCCCCAAUUUCUGCGAACUCAACUCAACCAAUUUACAAGAACAAUUAACCAACGCCGGGGUUAGUUACCCCUUUAUUUGCAAGCCCAGUCUGGGGCACGGCUCCAAGGAGGCCCAUGAGAUGUCUCUGAUCUUCAACGAGCGCGGCCUCGCCGACUGCAGGACCCCCUGCGUGGCUCAAAGUUUCAUCAAUCACAACGCUGUUUUGUAUAAAAUUUUCAUAGUCGGGGAAAGACACCAUUUUGUGGAGCGGCCAUCUUUGAAGAAUUUCCACGCGUGUGAUGAAGAUACUAUUUAUUUUGAUAGUAGUGAUGUCUCGAAAGCGGGCUCUAGGAGCAGUUUGACGCUCCUGGAGCCCCAUGAAAUUUUCGAUAAAGUUGAGCCGAAUCCGGAGGUUUUGAAACGGAUUGCGGUCACACUCCGGGGGGAGUUUGGGAUGGAUUUGCUGGGGGUGGAUGUGGUGAUUGAAAAAGACACGGGGAAGUACGCAAUUAUUGAUAUUAACAGCUAUCCGGGGUAUGAUGGCUUCCCGGAUUUUUAUGACGCUCUUGUUGAUUGUAUUGGGAAGAGAGUUAAAUGCAAAACUGAUAAGUUUGGGGAUGAUUUCAUUAAUUAGGGGCUGUUUUUCGUGAAAAUACUGCCAAAUUGCGACGACUACAUUCCAUAUUUUUAUAUUAGUAACGCCAAAUUUGAUAAAAGACGGGAUUUUUGACUGAAUUGAGCCAAAGAUCGCUUGUGAACAAUUUUUGUACUUAAUUGUAUAUAACUUAGUAUUGGUAAUAAAUAAAAAGUAGCUAGUGCAA